GGGCGGCGGCUUGCGGCGCUGCUGGGCCUCGUGCUGCGCGAAGGCCGCGGCGCGGCGGUCGCCCGUCUGGCGCCGCCGCUUCUCGUUGAACUGCCGCGUCUCGGCCUCGUCGCCGCGCUCGUAGGCGUCGAGGUCGGGGUAGACCGUCGCGAUGAGCGCGUCGAAGGCCGCGUCGCGCUUCAGGCUGCGGCGCGAGGGCACCUUGAUGCGGCAGCUCGGGCACUCGUGCUUGGCGACGCGCAGGCACUUUUGGAUGCACUCGCCGCAGAAGCGGUGGAGGCACUCCACCACGAUCUCCGUCUUCCUCAAAAUCCGCAGGCACACGGGGCACGUGAAGUCCGGCGCGAGCGCCUGGCCGCUCCGCACGACCGUGGUGGCGGGGUCGGCGCCGGCGCGCCGCACGGGCCGCGGGUCGCUCUGCUCGCCGACGCCCUCGGUGAGCGUGCGGGGCAUGCUGUUUCGGGUUCGGGUCUCGGGUCACGGAGCGUCCGCGGCUGAAAGGCGGCGGCCGCGGUGCACUAGAAUGCAAGCGCUUGAUCGAAGCGGAUGAAACAAGCUGGCAACUCUCUACGGAUGAUCAAGACCAAGCGUCCAACAAAGCUCCAAGUUUUAGCUCUCGGCAGCGCGCUGUUUCGGGUUCGGGUCACGGAGCGUCCGCGGCUGAAAGGCGGCGGCCGCGGUGCACUAGAAUGCAAGCGCUUGAUCGAAGCGGAUGAAACAAGCGGCAACUCUCUACGGAUGAUCAAGACCAAGCCAACAAAGCUCCCCGGUUUAGCCUCGGUAGCGCG